GAAACUAAGCAUCCCAGCGCAAGUCAUUUAUUUCUUGUAAAUUCUAAAGUUGUGUUUCCAGUUUUUUGUGUAAUGUAGAUGAUUGGUACUGCACACUGGAAAAAUAUCGUGUAAUAUUUUGAUGAAUAUCUAAAUACUCACCUUAAAGUGUAUGGUACUAUAGUUCAACAAAAAUCAAAACAUCUUAAAAGUUUGUAUUUAUGUGCUGAAACUUGUCGAAAGAAGAAAAUGCUGGGAGUAUAUUUGUAAACACACGUUAAUCAAAUGCUUUGGAUAAUUUGCACGUUGUUAUGGAGUUUCUCCAUACGUCAAUGCACAUGUGGUACUAUAUCAUGCACAAUACGAAAAAUUAGCGAAAGUGUGAAUCAUAAUAUAUCUUUGACAUGGAAAGUCAUACCCUCAGCAGGCGAAAAGAUACACGAAAUUUCGAUCUAUGUCUUACCAGAGGGUGACACUGUUUAUCCUGAAAAGAAAUAUAAUUCCAGCAUAUCUGUGCAAGUUAAGUUGCCAUACGUGUAUCUGAACUUCACCAAGCUACAAUACGCAAGCCCUCAUACCUACCAACUCCAUGUUGGGUUCUCUCGCAACAGCACGGAUAUGAAGUCGCAUCUUGAUAAAUCAACUGAACUUUCCAAUGUACUAGCUCCGUGUUACCACGAAUUAAAGAAAGACAAAAAGGUGGUUCGAAAAAAACUAAAAAACAAAAUCGAAGACCUCCUAACACCUGUUGUAUUUGGAGUGAUCUCUAUUUUAAUUGUCUUCGUUCUUGCAACCUACUUGUAUAAAGUUUUAAAGAAUCAACGAUUGAUACCAUCACCUCUGCAGGAGUACUCUUCUCUCACCCUCAAUAGUAAUAUGCAGCCAAAUACUCAAUAUGCGGAGCUUAACCCGCGACCACUCCCGCCACUACCAACACCAAUAAGCCCCUAUGCUGAAGCUACAAUUGUCGAUGACGGCUGGAGUCAAUACGAAGUGUCACCAGUAGAUGUUUAUGGACAUGAAACUAGGCUGAAUCAUCAUUAUACAGAGGUUAAUAAUCAUUUGAGACGUCUGUUUUCGAACGGUAAUGAAGUGGCAAUAUAAAUAUUUAUAGUUAUUAUAUAUAACUAGUCGUUAACCCGUGAAACAAUCCACGGGAAUUAGCUGACGUAAUUAUAUUUCGCGCAUCUGUUAAUUAAAAUAUUUCGCGCAUCUGUUAUGAAAUUACUCUGCGGUAGUCAUGGUCCCUGGAAAUAUACACAGAAGCAGUGUAAA